AUGUCCUGGCUGGAAGGCGCCGACGCGCCAGUGCCAACUUACACUCAAACCGACAACGACGGAUUCAUGAAUUUCAUCAACGGGAACAGUCAAAUUCCCCCAUCCGAUCUCAACAUCGACAUCGACCUUCACCUACCACUCACCCGAUACCCCUCUCCCCUCCCUCCCGAUGUUGACUACGCCACCUCAUCUCCCCCGCCUUUCAACCCAAACGAACCCAACUCGCCACACGUCCAAGCGGAACGGCGCAACUUACAAUGCAAGCUAAUCCGCAUCUUCUUCAACGCGAUCCGCACCAACAAAACCGACCUGGUAACCAAGCUCAUCACCACCGGCUUCGUGUCCCCCGAUGUGCCCAACGAGUAUGGCCUCACCCCGCUCCUCGCGGCCGUGGAAGCCGGUGACGGUGCCAUGGUUUGCGCGCUCUUGAAUAUCGGCGCGGACGUCAACGCUUUUGGUACUCCUACCAAGAGGAGCGAGGCGUAUUACCGAUACUCGUCAUCUUCAUCAUCCAAGCGCAAAAAGAGGGGAACCGACGCAAACAAGAAGAGGAAACAGUUACCACCAGAUGCGCGCACCCCGCUCAUGACCGCCUCAGCAACCGGCAAACUCGCCCUAGCCAAGCUCCUCCUUCAAGAUUUCCACGCCGACGACGCCCUCAUAGCCGGCGACGGCCAGCUCGCGCUUCGUCUAGCAGCCGAUAACGGACAUAUGGAGAUCGUCGACCUGCUUCCUUCGCGCAGAGGCGGCGAGUUUCGGCGGUGGAGGACACAUCACGCGGGGGCUAUCAGGCGGAUCAAGAGAGCCGGUGGGGGAAUCUUCGCCUUCUUUGCGUUCUUUGUGUAUUACAUCCCUGCGGCGCUUCUGUGGAGCUUGCCGAAGCACGUGGUUGUUUUGCCUAGCGUGAAGCUGGCUAAGUGGUCGUGGAGGAAUAAGGCACGGUUUGGAGGGUGGUGUGAGAGACAGUUGAAGAAAUUUCCGGACAGAGCGAAGAGGGGGGUCAAGGCUGCGGGGCGGGCGGUGAAGGCCUUGAAGCAUGUUCCCAAGGGGGUGGCGAGGUUUGUGAAGGCGUUGGCUAAGGGGUUGUGGUGGGUGAUCAGGAGGAUACCAGGCGCUAUGAAGGUAAUGUGUCUGUGGAUAUGGGAGAGUUUGAAGAAGGUCGGGAUGGCGACGGGGUUUGUGUUUUUGAAGGUGGUGUCAGCCUUACAUACGGCCGUUAUGGCAUUGUUGAGCUUCUUCCGGAGCAUCACUCUGAAGGAUGUCGGGAAUGCGAUCGCGGUGGCAGUAAAAGCCCUCUUUGUUGACCUACCAAGGGCCGUGUGGUCUGGCAUGAGAGCAUUUGGAAAGGCUUCGUACAAGGCGCUUGGCUACAUGCUCGGGCUUCUGGGAAAGAUUAUUUGGUGGAUUAUGAGGGCACUGUUUGAGAUCCCAGUGUUCUUGCCCAAGCAGUUGUGGAAGAUCCUUGCGGCGAUUGGGAGUUCAAUGAGCAAAGGAUACCAUGAGAUCCUCGUGUGGCUCAACCCCAAGAGGCGCUGA